AUGUUUAUGGGAUUUAACCACACAGUCCAUGGCUUCAUCCUCCUAGGACUUGCAGAGAGCCCAGGCAUGCAGCUCCCACUCUUUGGGGUGUUUCUGCUGAUGUACAUGCUGACCCUCUUGGGGAAUCUUGGCAUGAUGGCCCUGGUCAGGACUGACCGGGGCUUGAACACCCCCAUGUACUUCUUCCUUGGUCAUUUUUCUUUUGUUGAUGCUUGUUACUCCACAGUCAUCAUGCCCAACAUGCUGGUGUCCCUGGCCUCGGGGAACAAGGACAUUUCCUUUGAGGGCUGUGUGACACAACUUUACAGCUUCAUGUUCUUUGGGAUUGCCGAAUGUUACCUUUUGGCCAUCAUGGCAUAUGACCGCUACGCCGCUGUCUGCAACCCACUGCGCUACGUGGUCAUGUUGCCUCAGGCGGUCUGCAUCCAGCUGGUCUCAAUGUCCUACGUCCUUGGUGUUCUUUAUGCAGCGAUUUACACUGGCUGCACAUUUGGGGGAUCUUUCGGGAGGUCCAACAUAAUCAAUCAUUUCUUCUGCGAUGUCAGCCCCUUGCUAAAGCUCUCAGACUCUGACAGACUAAUCAGGGAGAGGGUCAUCUUCACUUUUGUUAGCAUAAAUGGGAUUAGUACCAGUGGAAUCAUCGUAGUCUCGUACCUAUACAUCCUCUCCACCGUCCUAAGGAUGAGCUCCACACAGAGCAGGUCCAAAGCCUUCAACACAUGUGCCUCCCACAUGAUGGUCAUCUCCUUGUUCUAUGGGACGGGCUUCUUCAUGUAUCUCCUGCCCAGCUCCAGCCACAAGGGCGUGGACAAGGUGGCCUCCAUAUUUUACACUCUGGUGACCCCUCUUCUCAACCCCAUCAUCUAUUGCCUGAGGAACAGGGAAGUGAAGGAGGCUUCCAUGAGAUGUGCAAAGAGAUUUCUCCAUCUUUGUCUUCAUUGA